UAUAAAUACCACGCCAUGUACUUCUCUGCUUCUACACUUCUCCAGCUUCUCUCAUGCCAUACCACUAGUGCAAGGUCCUAGAUUUACACUUGGUGCUACAGCUUCUUCCUCCCUCCCUCCCCUCUCUAGGCAGCUAGCACGCAGCGCAGCACACGAAACAUCUAUUGACCGGCCGCCUCCGCCGGGGAUCCAUAAUUACUAUACUACCAAUCGGCCAGCGUCAUGCCGACGCCGUCGCACCUCGCGAACCCGCGCUACUUCGACUUCCGUGCGGCGCGGCGGGUGCCGGAGACGCACGCCUGGCCGGGGCUGCACGACCACCCCGUCGUGGACGGCGGCGCGCCGGGGCCAGACGCCGUCCCCGUGGUGGACCUCGCGGGGGCGGCGGACGAGCCGAGAGCCGCGGUGGUGGCCCAAGUGGCGCGCGCCGCCGAGCAAUGGGGCGCGUUCCUGCUCACGGGGCACGGCGUCCCCGCGGAGCUGCUGGCGCGCGUCGAGGACCGGAUCGCCACCAUGUUCGCGCUGCCAGCGGACGACAAGAUGCGCGCCGUGCGCGGGCCUGGCGACGCCUGCGGCUACGGCUCCCCGCCCAUCUCCUCCUUCUUCUCCAAGUGCAUGUGGUCGGAGGGAUACACCUUCUCGCCGGCCAACCUCCGCGCCGACCUCCGCAAGCUCUGGCCUAAGGCCGGCGACGACUACACCAGCUUCUGUGAUGUGAUGGAGGAGUUCCACAAGCACAUGCGUGCCCUCGCGGACAAGCUGCUGGAGCUGUUCCUCAUGGCGCUGGGGCUCACCGACGAGCAGGUCGGCGGCGUGGAGGCGGAGCGGAGGAUCGCCGAGACGAUGACCGCCACCAUGCACCUCAACUGGUACCCUCGGUGCCCGGACCCGCGCCGCGCGCUGGGGCUGAUCGCGCACACCGACUCGGGCUUCUUCACCUUCGUGCUGCAGAGCCUCGUCCCGGGGCUGCAGCUCUUCCGCCACGCCCCGGACCGGUGGGUGGCGGUGCCGGCGGUACCGGGCGCCUUCGUCGUCAACGUGGGCGACCUCUUCCACAUCCUCACCAACGGCCGGUUCCACAGCGUGUACCACCGCGCCGUCGUGAACCGGGACCUCGACAGGAUAUCUCUCGGCUACUUCCUCGGCCCGCCGCCGCACGCCAAGGUGGCGCCGCUAAGGGAGGCCGUGCCGCCCGGCCGCACCCCCGCGUACCGCGCCGUCACGUGGCCCGAGUACAUGGGCGUCCGCAAGAAGGCCUUCACCACCGGCGCAUCCGCGCUCAAGAUGGUCGCCCUCGCCGCCGCCGCCGCCGCCGCCGACCUCGACGAUGACGCCGGUGCUGGCGCCGCCGCCGAACCUGUCGUCCAUCAGCAGCUACUCGUCUCGUCGUAGCCGAUCGAUCGCCGGAUCGGUCGAGACUGAUGAUGAUGAUGCAUAUAUACUCGUCGAUGGAGUAGACAGACUAAUCAAGCAACCCUGAAACUAUGAAUGCAUGCGUGCGCUUCGUGCUUGCUUGCGCAUGCAGCUAGCAGGCUUCAUUCCGUUCCGCAGCUGCUCUGCUCCAACCUGCUCUGCUGGAUUGAUGUAUAUGGUAGAAGAAUUAAGAGAUCGAUGGAUGACGGAGGAAGAAGAAGACGAAGACGACGAUGAGGAAAAGGACACGCUGUACGUAGCUGGUUCUUCUAGUCUAGUUUACAGCAGGCCGGGCGGCCGGCUGCUGCUUCCAAUCGAGUUUGUCGUUACUGACGAUUGUUAGUGGAUCGAUUAACUAAUCUGGAAUUCUGGAUUAUUAAUAUAAUGCAUGUGGUUUGGCAUCUGGCGUAAAGCAGGUAAUGGUACCUAGCCAGUAGCCAGUAGCCAGGCUGGUCAAUGAUAGGUCUAUACCCUGAUCCUGUACUGUUGUUUCUUUCGGUCUUUCUGAGAGAGAAAAAAAACGAAUAUAUGGCGUACUCAAUUCAUCAAA